AUGUUUCAGCAAUGGGAGGACGUUGUCGAGAUGUACGAUCUGUACGCAGAGCACUGUGGGUUUUCGACUAGGCUUGGAACAAUUAAGAGAAAGAAAGGAGCCAUCACGCACCACUACAUUGUUUGUUCCAACCACGGGAAGCCGCAUAGCCAGAAUAGGAACUUCGACACCCUUAACGAGACAUCGCUGAAGAUAAGGCAGUCCACUUUCCGUGUAUGUGACUGUAAAGCCUGUAUAUGUGUGAAGUUCGAUCAGACGUCGCGCGGUUGGGUUUUGUAUCACUUCGAAGAGAACCAUUACCAUCCAAUGGUCCCAGUGCAUAGUAGAGAUCUAACGAAAAGACGGCGGAGUCUUGAUUUUUUUACCAAAGAAUUCAUCCAUCGAGCGAGUCUUAGCAAGGUUGGUCCGUCGGUGGCCCAUAGACUCCAAGUAAACCUUAGGAGGGGGGGGAACCACAACGUGAAAGGUACCGCAGACAACUUUAGGAACUUUGCAUCUAGGGUUCGCAUGUUCAUUGGUGACAGGGACACGCACUUGGUGAUCGAGAAUAUGAAAGAUCAGGUGGACCACUUGCCGAACUACACUUUUAAGUACAGCAUGGAAAACGGUGAGAUUCGACACAUGUUCUGGGCGGAUGAAAUUUCGAAGAUCAACUAUCAAGUUUUCGGCAACGUCCUCGCGUUUGACGCUACUUACCAAACCAACAAGUACAAUCUGAUCUUCGUUCCUUUCACCGGGAUCGACAACAACAAGCGGUGCGUCACUUUUGGAGCUGGCCUUUUGUUUUGUGAGACAAUUGAGGCGUACACGUGGCUGCUAAAGGCUUUUCUCGAGGCGCACAACAAACAGCCCACCCCGGUGCUAACUGACCAAGACCCGGCCCUGCGACAAGCUGUGGCUGCUGUGUUCGAUCGGUCUCUUCAUCGCUUGUGCAUGUGGCACAUCAUGAAGAAAUUAACUUCCAAGAUUGCAGGCGAGGUCGCACAUAACUCUGAAUUCAGGGCUGCCAUACAUAAACUUGUAUGGAACAUUUAUAUUAAACCGGAGACAUUCGAGAGGAGGUGGGGGAAGCUGCUAGAGAAGUAUGGGCUCGAAGAUCACGAGUGGCUGAGAGACAUGUAG